AUGUCGGACACAGUGCCGUUCUUUCCAAUGAAUACAGGCACUUAUAUGCAGCCCCAUAGCUGCAAUAGACAGACAGAUCAACCAGCUCAAGAACCACCACCUAUAAAUCCUCCUGCCUCUGUCCAAGUGAAGAAUCGUCGGAAACGAUAUCUCGAUGCGCACCCAGAGUACUUUUCUGCGGCUCUCGAACUAGCUGACCCCCUUCUCUACGACCGCCUGAUUAGACGAUUCCAAAGUGCUACAGAGAGGGAGGAAGAAGGUCGCGCUAAGGGAUACUCUGGCGUACUUGAAGCCGAUCUAUUGAGAUCAGAGGCUAAAAUGGAGGCACUGGCGCAUCCAGACCCUAAUGCGACCGUCACAUACACCCGCGGGCCCAACGGCGAGAUUCUCGCCGAGGAUCAGGAUGAGAUACCAGAAACGAAGGAAGAGGGCGCUGAACGAUGGCGCUGGGAAAUGGAGCUGCGGUUUCUGAGGGGUGCGGAUCAUGAGUUUGAUUACACCGCUGUUGAUCAAAAUGAGGAAUAUGAUGACUGGAAUGAAGAGCAAGAGCGGUAUUUCGACGACGAGGAACCACAUUUCAUGCUUGAUGAAGACGAUGAAGGCCAUCAAAAGGAAGAACUGAAAGGCGAAACUGGCAUUCAAGACUUUUAA